AUGACCUCUGCCCCCCCUUCCUUUGACGACCCCGCUGCGCUCGUCGCUCUGCUUAAGCAGUGGCACGCUCCUGAUGCGCUGCUGGACGCGCUGACGCUUAAAGGUUUCAAGUCCCUGGCCAGCAUUGCGUAUGCCAUCCCAAAGGAUGGGUCCCCGGAUGACUUUGUCCGGAAACUCUGGCCGCCGGCGGAUGGAUCUUCCGAAGCCAUUGUCUCUCCUGCUGCUGCUUUUGCACGUCGCCUGGUCGUGCAAACCCAAGCGGUUGCCCACCCUCCUGCAUCCCCGGCACCCAUCCCUGGCCCCAGCCUUCCUUCGGCUCCUGCGGCCAAAAUCUCUGCCGCCGCAGCUGAGACCAUGCGAGAAAAGUUCAUCACCGAUUACCCGGGGGAACUCCUGUCCCCGGCUAACACUCCCAGCAUCGAAUUUCUGAACCGUCUCCGGUCCGAACUUGAUGCCCCAACGUCGCUCUGGAUUCCGUGGCGCUUGAGGACAUCUGAGUCGGAUCUGCAGCAUUUCUACGAAUCCCGCCGGCCCCGUUCGGAUGCACAGCUGUUGCGGGGCUUGCUUGAGGGUGUUCCGGACCCUGUGGUGGCCCAAUCCUCCGCUCCCACCUCCGGCCCGGUCGAACCUACGUUGCGCCGCCAUCUGGGCCUCUUGAUUACAGCUCUUGCCUUCCUGGGUGACCUUCACCUCCGUGCCGGGAAAAUGCUUCUUGAAGCAUUUGUGGCCGCUGUCGUGGAGCAGCCCAUCGACACUACCCUCCGUCCUCCUUCUAUGCAGGAGGUUAUUGCUGCCGAACGCACCGUGUGGUCUAACGUUGCCACCCUGAUGCGCGAUGAGAAGUGGAGCCUCCCGGACUCGGUCACCGAGAUUACUGUUACGCGGCAUAUGCUCCCGAACAUUCUUGUGGCCCGGCCGCGCAGCAUUCCGGCCACCGGGAAGAAGCCCAUUUCCGAGCUAUGGGACGAUUCAUGGCACUCCGUCGAUGAGUCCGGAAAAGAGAUAUGUAUUGCCAUCUUAGAAAACCCGGCCUCCAGCUUACUCUGGCUUGUCCCGGGCUGCCGAUCCUGGAUCCGCCACCACUGCAUGCAUUCGGUUGAAGUUGCCGCUUGCAGCCACGCCUUGGACUACCGCAAAAGCUGGCUUUUUGUGUCCAACUUUUCGGAUCUGAGCUCUCUCGCGUCUGUGUGCCAACAUCCUCCCGGCUCUCAUGCGAUGACGUCCGGACGCCGGACUGCCUCCGGUGCUUUCCUCACACGGGAUACCGCCUGUUAUCCCUCGUCACUGUGCUCUGCGCUUGCUGACCUUUUCAAGCCGUUGCUCUCGUCACACACCGGCGAGAUCCCUUUUCGUUCCUGGCAUUCGCUUCUUCCUGCUACACUUUUCUGGCCCAUUCCGGCGAAUCGUGUGGAAGAUGGUGCCGGCACUUGUUCAUCUGCCUCUUGGUCUGUUCCCAGAGGUGCUGAUUGCUUCGGCUCCCUCCGGAAAGCCUGGUGUGCCCGCAUUCUUUCAGGGGACUUCCUGUCCAAGUUCCAGGCCAAGUUGUCCUCCGGAUCCAAGGCCCCUCCGCUGUCGGACCCAGAAUUGGCCCCGUUCCUCGAGGACCUUCGAUCCUUCCUUCGGCUGUCCGCCCCGGACUUUAACACGCUUUUGUCCAUCCCGCCGGGACAACCUUUCCGCCUCUUUCUAUUGGAAGCGCUGUUGUCUGUUUUCAAAGAUCCGGACACCUCCUUUGUGGACUUGCUCACUGAGGGCGUCCCCCUGGGCGUUGAUUCCGAGAUGCCUUCCUGUCCGACCCUAUUUCCCCCGGCCGGACAGUCCGCUCCCACUAUGGACUUGACACAUUGCUCCUCUUCUUGGGGCUCCGCUUUGUCGGAUCAAGCAUCCGUGGAUAGCCUUCUCUCCGAAGAGAUUUCAGAAGGGUGGGUGCGUGAAGUUCCCGGUGGACUGGACGAGCUUACAGCCCGUUACCAGCAGACUGCUGUUGGGAAGCUGGGCUUGGUCAAAUCCCCCGGCCGGCCGGAUCGACUGGUCGUCGAUAGCAGUGUUUCCGGUGUGACCGAACACACCUCACUUCCCAACAAGUCCGCAAAUCCGUCCAUCUCCGGUCUUCGCCAGUGCCUUCCGCCGGAGCACGCCAUAGAAUGGCUCAUCGCGUUAAUUUUGGACGUCAGCAAAGCCCACCGCCGGAUCAAAAUCCGUGACUCCGACCGUGGCCUUUUGUGUUUCUUUCACCGGAACCGGCUGUACCAAUGCUUAACGCUUAACUUUGGCGCACGCCCCUCCGGCUUCUACUGGUCCCGGAUGGCCGGCUUGCUGACCCGUCUACUUCACCGCCUGGUCUUUGUCAAGCAUUGCCUGCUGAUAUAUGUUGACGAUUUGAUUGCUCUGCUUUCCGGCCCGUCCGGCCCGGUGUGGGCAGCACUGAUGUGCAUCAUGUUGCUCAUUCUCCGCGUUCCGAUGAGCUGGCAUAAGGCCUACUUGGGCCCCCGGCCGACGUGGAUUGGCUGGUCUAUCUGCCUCCACUCCCUUUCUGCCACCAUGGAAGCUCCUAAGCUUGACCGGCUGCGGGACCUCCUGGCCAAAAUCCGGGGGUCAGAUUCUGUCCCGCUCCAUCUUCUCCGCAAGCUCACCGGCAAGCUCCUGUGGGUCUGCUCCCUGUUUCGGCCUUUCCGUCCCAGUUUGGCUCCCCUGUAUUCCGACCAGGGCAAGCCUCCUGUCGUACAUGUUGCUCUGAGUCCGGCGAAAUGGGCUUCGUUCCGCUCCAAGCUUGACUCACACCUUGUUCUGCAGUCUGACGUGGGUCUCGCAUCCUGUCCGAAGUUAUGCACACUGAUUUCGGUAUCGGGUCGUGAGGUAUCCUCACUUUCCCAGGUCCCGGUGUCCUUUCCUGGCGAACGCCGCACCUGGAUUUCCGUGCGUAUGCCACCUGAAUCCGACCGGAAGCUUUCCAAGGAAUCCUUGGCGGUGCUGGACAUGUGGCACGCUUGCCUCGCCGAUGCUGCCCCUACGUUCCCGCUGCCCCUGGCUCGUGAAUUCCCCUGCCAGGCUUUCGCGGACGCCUGCGCCGAUGCACAGCAUGCCGGCAUCGGUGGUUUCGUCACGCUUCCUUCCGGCAAGACUGCCUGGUUUCAACACCGGUUUUCCGCUUCGGAGCUCGCUGCCUUAUUCCCCUGGUUCCCGGUUGGCACUUCUCCGCAAGCCUGCAUUGCUGCUUGGGAACUUCUCGGACAGAUCGCUCUCCUUUGGGUGAUUGGUCUCUUGAUUCCGGUUUCCCUUCACCCCAUCCACGUUGUCACCCGCUGUGACAAUUCCCCUUCCGACUCUGCUUCGUGGAAAGGACUCUCCACUGCCCGGGGAAUUUGUUCCCUCCUUCCGGCCUAUUUUGCCUGGCAGCGCGCAUUCUGCAUAUCUACUUAUAUUGACCAUGUUCCGGGUUUCCAGAACACUGUUGCCGAUGGUCUUAGCCGAGGUGCUGACCCGGCCACCUUUGGACUCCGACCUUGUGACCGGGUGGAUAUUCCGUGGGCUCUCAUCUCUCGGCCUCCUCGGCCUUCAUACCAUCCGCCGAGUGCCCUGAACCUGUCCCUUUUUCCGGCUAUGGACUUCUAA